ACCGACGACGGCGCGCGCGAAGUAGAAAAUUUGGGUCAGUUUUGUUUACAAUCUGUUCCGCGGUUUCUUUUCUCGCAAUCUCAAAAACUGAAAAACCUCUUUAUUUUACAUCAAUAGUUACCUGUUAAAACAAGAAAAAUACAAACAAUAAUUAGGUGAUGGUUCGUUGAUUGUGCUGCACCAAAAGUUUAUUUCAAGAAAAGCAUCCAACGAUGGGAAUCACCGGUUUGAUUCCGUUCCUGGAGAAAGCUUCCAGCCGAUGUCACCUGCGAGAGCUCCGGGGUCAAUGCGUGGCCAUCGACAGCUACUGCUGGUUGCACAAAGGGGCCUUCGCCUGUGCGGACAAACUGGCCCGUGGGGAGCCAACCGAUGUCCACAUCCAGUACUGCCUGAAGUAUGUAAAUAUGUUGCUUUCGCACGACAUCAAACCGAUUCUGGUGUUCGACGGAAGGCACCUUCCGGCCAAGGCGAUGACCGAAGCCAAACGGCGCGAGUCCCGGGAUAAUUCCAGGAAACGGGCUGCUGAAUUGCUGCGGGUGGGUAAGACGGAAGAGGCCAAGAGCUACCUGCGGAGGUGCGUAGACAUUACCCACGAGAUGGCUUUGCAGUUGAUCCAGGAAUGUCGGCGGAGGAAUGUGGACUGCGUUGUGGCGCCCUACGAAGCGGACGCCCAGUUGGCCUAUCUAAAUCGGAAGGGCAUUGCGCAGGCUGUGAUUACGGAGGACUCGGAUCUGAUGCUGUUCGGAUGUAGCAAGGUGCUGUUCAAGCUGGAUCUGACCGGGACCGGGUUGAUGAUCGAAGCGGAGAAGUUGUACCUGGCCAUGGGCUGUAAGGAGGAAAAGUACACAUUCGAUAAGUUUCGUUACAUGUGCAUCCUUUCCGGGUGUGACUAUCUGGAAUCGCUCCCAGGAAUCGGAUUGGCCAAGGCAAAGAAGUUUGUCUUGACGACGGAAGAUACGGACAUCCGCAGGGCUCUGUCGAAAAUUCCUGCCUAUCUGAACAUGAGACAGCUGGAGGUGUCCGAACAGUACAAGGAGGAAUUCAUGAAAGCGGAUGCUACCUUCAAGCACAUGGUAGUUUUCGAUCCAGUAGAACGGAAGCAAGCGCGACUCAACGAACCUUCAGAUAUGGGAACCGAUCCAGAUCUCUGUUGUAAUUCUGGAAACUUCCUAGACGACGAAACAGCUUUGGAGUUGGCUCUGGGGAACCUGAAUCCCUUUUCCAUGAAGCGAUUGGACAACUGGCAUCCGGACAGUCCGGACUGCCAAGCGACGGGAGGUCAAACCUCCAACUGGAAUCAGACAGCCGUGACUAAGCAUCCCAGCAUUUGGAGAGGUUCCUAUGAGGGGCGUAAGAUUAAGAAGCACCUCGAAAUCCGCGAGGAGAUAAAGGUGCGGAAUGUGUUCGAUCUGGAGAGAAGAUCGAUAUCUAAUUCGAAAGUUGAAGAAGAAGGGGACAAGGAGUCAAUUGACGACGUACUGCAGUCGUACGGAAUUCUACCGAGGGAUGAACAGCCUCCACCGAAACGGCUUUGUCUAACUACAAUGACCUUACAGCAGAAGAAGACAAUCGACGUGGAUGGGAUACGGGAAAAUAAGAGUCCUCCCAGGAGGAAUCCUUUUCAUGUUAAAUCCAUAGCCCCGGUCCCAAUCCAGGAACAAUCACCGGACUCGAACACGCUGAAAUCUCCCAUAAAACUCACCUCGGAAAAUAGCUCCCUCCUGCGCCAGAUAAGCCCGGUGAAGAAGAUCGAGUACGAUUCCAGACCCACCAUGCAAGUGCGAUCCAAGACGGAAAAGCUUAGUCGCUUCAAACGGACCGUAAUAGCUUGCGACGGCCAGAAGGUCAUCAGUCGAUUCUUUUCGGUUUCAUCGUCCUCGCAAGUGACGACUACCGUUAGUAAUCCUCCGGAAUCGUCUUCCGCCAAUGAAAGCGAACCCAUGGUUCAGGAUCCGUACCAGGAGGAAACCGGGAGUCCCACUCAAACGGCAAACAUAUACCUACUCUCGCCGGAAGCCAGAGGGGAAAAGACUCCCAAAAAGCAGCGACCUUCGCUGCAUAGUGGAGAUAGCUGUUCUCCAGCUCCUCCGGUGAAGGGAGAACGUAGCGUAGAGAAACUGGACAGUGGAUUCGUGGAGGAACCCGAGGAAGGAUUAAGCUCAUCACAGAAGGAAAACCAAUCGGAGCAGAUGAGGUCCACAUCUCGAUUGUCCUUGUUCAGCAAAAAGGAACCGAUGCGAUUGAGUGCUGAGAAAGUUGAUAUUACUGAAGAGGACGUUAUAGAGAUUAAAGAUGACGAAGAACAGGAUUCCAGUCAAGAUUUGUCUGUUGAAUCGAAGCCAGCGACUAUUAUUGGACGAACUAGCAGCGGAAGUAGUCAGAAGAAAGUCACCUGUCGACGGGUAGGACUCUCCAAGAACAAAAAUCUGAAGGGCGUUGGACCAAACCAGAGCAAGCUUUCGAUGUUCGGGUUCCAGAAGAAAGUGCAACUGAAAUGAUGUGACUGAAACGUGACAAUCACUGCCCGUGAAUACUGCAUUUAUGAAUUACGAUUUAGCUUUAAGUAGAACCACUCGUAUCAACGAAACUUGCGUUUGGAUAGUUGAAAAUUUGUGUUAGUAAACUCGUUAUUGUUUCAGUUUUUUUAUAUGCGCUGAUUAUAUGUAACGUUGAACUAUGAACUACGAAAA